GAAUAUAUUAUUUAAUUAAAACAAAGGAAAUCAAUAAAAAUUUAACGAAAAUCAGUAAUUAAUAUUUUUUAAUACUCUUUUAGCACACAAGCAAUUUAAUUCAAUAAAAAAGGGAGAAUAAUUAUAAUUUUCUUCAAUUAUUAUAGGCAGCAAUUAAUAAUGUCUUCGCAAACUGCUUAACCCUAGGUUUAAAAUAGUGCACUCGCAGGUUCAUCUGCUUCUUCAAUUAAGCUCGUUUAGCAGCAGGUACAGGGAUUCAUUUAAGGUUUAAACAAUGAAGAGCUGAACAAGUUGAUUGAAAUUUUUGAAAAAUCAUUAAGCUCUCCUAGUACAAUUUCUAAAAGUUGCAAAAUGGUUCAAUACAAAUGCUAUGAAAGCAAGAUUGAUUUAAAUGGAAAAGUAGGUUGUGGAUUUGGUCGCAGUGAAGAGGAUGCGAUAGCAAUUUCUAUAAAAGAUUUCUUUGAAAUAAUCUUGCAGGAAGAAAAAUACCUUUACUAAGUAAAAGAAUGCUUCAGACAAAUGAAGGGAUAGACUUAAAGCAUAGCUUAACAAGCAUAGAAUUCUUAGCCAGCUGUUUAGAAUCUAAACUAGAUUAAUGCAUAGGACAAGACUCAACCUCAAAAUAAAAUAGUUUGCAAAAAAGUAGAAAGCGAAACAGAAAACUCUCCUACUGAGAGAAAAAUGCCUAAUUAAGUAAUUUAAGAUAUUGAUGAAUCAGAAAUUAAUCCUAGUGAUAACAAUUAAGAUUAUUAAAUGGCAGAUAAUCAAAUAUCUCUUAUUGAAAUGUAAAUUAAUGAAUCAAAUGUGUACGAAUUAUCAAAAAAGAUAGGCAAUAUUUCUGUAAUUAAUGGACCUAAUGUUAUAGCUAGCACAAAUUUUAACAAUAACUCUCAACAAGACAUCGAUGAAAUGCUUUUAAAGAUAAUGUUUGAAGAGGAGAAGAAAUUCCAGCAGCAAAACUCACAACACAGCUAGCUUCAUUCUCACUAAUAGGCGAGCAACAUCAAUUAAAUAAAUUUUAAUUAAUACUUAAACAGUCUUCAAAAUUCUCAAUCAAAUUAACCUCUCACUUAAUUUUAAAUAUAUCAAAUGCAAUACUUAUAAUAAUAAUAAUAACAACAAUAACAGUUUUAGCUACAAAAUAAAAAUUAAGGAUCCUAACUUCAACUCCAAUAGAUUUAGUAAUACUUCUAAAGCUAGUAGAAUUCUCAAGGAAGUUACUUUCAAACUGCUUUGAAUAACCAAUAACUAGUUAACAGCAACACAAAUAUUAUCAACUCCAGCCAUAUGAAGACAAAUGAUAUGAAUAAUUUAGAGCAAUAGUAAUAAUAAUAAGAAGAGUUGUCACCUUAGAGCUAUGAAAAUGUGUCAACUCCUCCAAAUAAAAACAAAAGGAGCUCUCUUUCAAUCAACAACAGAGCCUAGCAAUCUCAUGUUAAUUAACAACUUAAUGACACAGCCUUUAUGCCAACAAAAAAUGUAAAUACUUCCAACAACAACACUUCAAAUUCCCAAAAUAAUCAAUAAAAGUUAUUGCGAAAUAACAGCAUUUAGAAUAAUAAUAAUCACUCAUGCUCUUAAUAAGAGCAUUAAAGUUCCCAUUUUUCUUCUCAGUAAAAUGGAAGUAACUUUUUACAAAAUAAUAUAUAAAACAUGAAUAAUUAUAAUGUGAAUACAUAAAAUUCUUAAAGCUUAUAUGCAAAUAAAGAAAAUUCAUUCUAGAAUCAAAAUAAUUUAAAUUUAGUUAACAGUAAUAAUAAUCUUAGCAACACACAGUCUAAUUUUGGACUUGCUAAUAAACCAAUCAACUAAAUUGCAAGUUAAAGCAAUGCUUUUAACCAGACAGCAUAAAUAAACCAUUAAAAUAGCAAAACUAACUUGCAUUUACUUUCUACCAAUUCUUCAUGCUGCAACCACAAAGAAGAACUAGAAAGAGAGCGCAACAAGGUAGAGAAUCUCGAAAAAAAGAUAAAAUUGCUAAUGGAAGAGAACAAAAUUCUAAAAUCAUUGCUUCUGGAUAAUUAGUCAGCCACUACCUCUCAAACUAUAAAAAAUAAAUUGAACAGCAAUUAAACUCCUAGAGGAUAAUUGCUAUCUUAAAAUAAUACUACUAAUACAAAUACUAACUAAAAUAAUAAUAUCUAAGAAUAAUAAACUGAUUUUAAAAAUGUAAAUAACAAUAAUAAUUCUUAACAUUUUUCGAACACCAAAAUAGCCUAAAGAACCAGCUAAACAAAUAUGAGAAGUCAAAGCCAAGAUCCAACUUCAAAGUAUUUAAAUAAUAACAAUAACCAAAUUAUAACUCACACAUAAUAUUCCUCUGGCUAAAAGAAGACCAACUUUAACACUUCCGAUAGUAAAAAUAAUUAUCUCUAUGGCUCUUCAGGCAAAUACGCCAAUGAUGAUCUGAAUACCAGUCACAUCUCACUGAAUAAUUCAAGCUAACUUAACCAUUCUUCGAUGAAAAAAAAUGUCCCGAAACUCAACCUCGAAGUUCUUCCAAAUUACCAUGGAAAUUUCAAUAAAAGCUAAAAUAAUAAGCUACUCUAAGAAUACAAUUAAAAAUAUAUGUACAAGAAGAGGUUCUGA